AUGGAGACAUACCUUACUGGAUUGGGGAACCCCACGGUUAAUGAUGAAAACUUGCAUAACAACAUUAGAUCAUCUGAUCGAGAUGUGGUGUGGGGAGUUGCAGGUCUCCACACACUCGCGAAUUUGUCUAACCUCCUGGAUAGCAUACCCAAUACAUCAGGAUUUCUAAGAAAUAACGAGAACGGGAUCUGUGCUACGGCUACUCGACACAACGAUGGUAGAUCUGGGAUACGCAAACCACUCUCGGAUUUGUCUAUCCUGGUGGAUAAUAUACCCCACACAACACUGGGUGGCAAUGGAUCACACAAAAGACAGAGAUCCAUUCAGGCCGAGAUUCACACACCAAGGGGCCCGCAUACAACUUUACGAAAUACUGAUGCAAAGAGACAACGAACGGUUCGGAGUGUGCCCCCCGUUUUGAAUGACAGAGUCAUCGCGAGCGAUAAUGUAGGACCAUUGGAGUCUGACGCUAGAACAUCUGGUCAAGGGUCGAGCACACAUGACAUAGUAGAGAGCUUUGUAGAUUGGGAUGAGGAUCUGUUUAUCGCAUGGGACGCUUGUGAUUUUGAAAUACCUACACCGGUGCAAUCACCAUCAGCGUCCAUGAAUGUACAAGGAACAACUGUGGCUUCCGAACAGACCCCAGAGUUAGGGGUGAAUCACAUAAACCAAGAAGACAACAAUUCUGAGGAUACAGAAUUGUCCCCAUAUGUUUUGACCCAGAACCUCGAUGUUCAAAGAACCGUGGAUUCCGAACAGACCAUCGCUGUGAUACAACUAAAUCGAGAAGAGGUUGGUUCUGAGGAUACAGAAUUGUCCCCAUAUGUUUUGACCCAGAACCUCGAUGUUCAAAGAAUCGUGGAUUCCGAACAGGACCCGGAGCCACUGCCUGGUAAUCAACAGGCCUAUAGAAACGAACUUGUGGCUAAUGAACAGGUCACGGACAGCACAGGAAAUGAAGUGACUCCAGAAGAGCUCAAAGACUUUUUGCAUUAUGUAUGGCACGAUUAUGUACAGUUUAAGCAGUUUGUAGUCUAUGGUUUUGCAAUCCAGGAUACAGAGCGAAGAAAACUGUUGGGGUUAAUCGCCGAAAUUAUCACUCUGUUAAAAAAUCCGACUUUGUAAGUGACAAAGCAGUUUUCUGCCGUUUUAAACUUAUACCGUUGAGUGUUCUCAAUACCAGAUACAACGGGAAAAUUUUCAAUGUUUAUAUAAUCCGGUUUAUACAUGUUUUUUGAUACCUUGUUGGUGUUUCUUAAUAUAAUAAUAUCACAGAUCCCCUGACAGUUAGUACAUCAUACAUGUUGGUAAUCUCUUGAAAAUUGUUGCUAGAAGAUUAAGGUAACGCUUCAACACUGUUUAUGUUUUAGAUUUAUUUACUAAAUCUUUCACAGCGAAUAUAGCAAAAAUGUUUGAAACUGUAAACUUGUAAAAUCAUCAGUGGCAACAUAAUACAGAAUGCUUAGGUUUUUAUUUAGUAAUCCUUUUAACAUAAAACUUGAGAGUCUGUUGCAUGCAACAGCAAUGCGAUGAAACACAUCGUGACAAACAGUAAUGUGUGUUAAAACCUUUGUAAAUUGAGUCACAACCAUCUACAACUUGGUAAUGUUUGAAAUAGUAUGGUUACAUUUAAACAGGUACCAUUAGAUUGAAAACAUCUAUAUGACGGUGAAGGUUGUUUUUGCAAAUACUUAGAUUUAACAUUUCGUACAUUAUGUACAGUUUAAGCAGUUUGUAGUCGAUGGUUUUGCAAUCCAGGAUACAGAGCGAAGAAAACUGUUGGGGUUAAUCGCCGAAAUUAUCACUCUGUUAAAAAAUCCGACUUUGUAAGUGACAAAGCCGUUUUCUGCCGUUUUAAACUUAUACCGUUGAGUGUUCUCAAUACCAGAUACAACGGGAAAAUUUUCAAUGUUUAUAUAAUCCGGUUUAUACAUGUUUUUUGAUACCUUGUUGGUGUUUCUUAUACUCAAUAUUAUUAUUAUUAUUGUUUUUUACUGAUUUUUUUAUUAUCUGAACUAUUGCUUGUUAUUUGUGAUAUAAUGUUUGAAAACAUUAAUAAAAACCCCGCAAAUAUCUUCUUAAGAUGAUUACGCAUUGUUUAAUUAUUGUGGCUUGCUGUACCAAACCAUUCUCUGAUAUAUCAAGAAUAUUUCCAAAGUAACGAAUGUUAAGAUAUUCAUGACCAGGGGUCUAUCCACAGAUUACACCACAAUGUUUUAAGUGUUGGUUGCGUGCAUGCUAUGCAUUCACAAAACAUACAUUUACAUUCAAAACCUAUGGAUUCAAAGACUUAAAGUCAGCAAUUUAUGUCGUUCACAUCAACCGUACCAACAUUUUUAGAAUGUGCAAACUGUUUUACUUCGUUUUAAACAUGUUUGGGUGGUUUCGGUCUAGAUUUUUAUAG